AUGAUAACUACUGGAUUGCUCCCAGGAUUUAAGUUGAAGAGGACCAUUGGACCAAACCCUAAUUUCCAAACAAAGAGCAUAAAAUGGUUGAACCACAAUAAGAACACCAUCAGGCCUGGGGACACUUACAAUACCUUGUUCCAAACAACAAACUUUUACGCAACUAGGGAUGAAGAAAUAGAUGCAGCAACCAUACAAACUUUAGGAAGGUAUUUCACUAUACCUGAGGAUUAA